UGUUUUUAUUUAUUCUUAUAAAUACUUGGAUAGGAUCCUGCAAUGCCAAAUUUUAGUGCAGAGCAGGUCGCAGAACAUGCGUGCGAGAGUUCUUGCUGGAUAAUCUACAAGAAUAAAAUCUACGAUGUAACAACAUUUGUGGGUGAUCAUCCAGGAGGUCAGGACAUUGUCAUGCAAUUUGCAGGCACGGAUGUCACAAAUGUCAUGUCCGAUCCCACCUUGCAUGUGCAUUCGGAUGCUACUCAAGAUAUAUUGAAUGAGUAUUAUAUUGGCGAACUCCUUCCUUCCAAAGAAAAUCCUGUUCCUGUCACAAAACCUCUUGUUACCAAGGCAAAGGAGAAAGAAACGUUCCUCGACUUGCGCAAACCAUUAUUUCCUCAGUUGUGGAACGCGACUUACUCCAAAAAAUUUUAUCUGGAGCAGGUUCACCGACCACGUUAUGUACCUUAUUAUGUACCAUAUUUCAGUGACCCAGCCAUGGAUGUCUUGUCGCGGACGUCAUGGUAUAUGGUACCUUUGAUCUGGAUUCCGUUUGUGGUCUAUCAACUGUGGUGUUCUCUCAAAACAGGUCACAGUGAUGUUAUGGUUACAGGUGUGACAUUUGCGACUGGUGUAUUGUUCUGGACAUUACUCGAGUAUUGUCUCCACCGUUUUCUAUUCCAUCUUGAUGAUCUAUUGCCUGAUCACCCGAAAGCUUUAUUGGUACAUUUUACCUUACAUGGUAUCCAUCACCACAUGCCAAUGGAUAGAUUACGUCUGGUAAUGCCUCCUGCGUUGACAGUCUUGAUUGGAACGCCUGUCAUUCGGCUUGCUCACUUGGUCUGUAUACCAAAAAUUGCACAUGGAUUUGUGGCGGGCGCAUUUAUGGGUUAUAUCCUGUACGAUCUUAUACACUAUUACCUCCAUCAUGCCCAAGUGUUUAAAAUCCAUUUUAAAGAGAUGAAGAGAUAUCACAUUGCACAUCAUUACAAGGAAUAUGACAGCGGGUUUGGCAUUACCUCCAAGUUGUGGGACUAUGUGUUUGGCACAGUCUUAGUUAUGGAUGAAAAUAACUCGGUUAAGACUCUUUAAUCAAUACUAUCAUUUAUUCUCUUUUGUUUUUCCAUUUACUUUUUGCUGUCGUUACAUUCUUUAUAUUUGUAUAUUUAUAUAUAAACCCCUGCUCUUUUGUUUUUAUUCUUCAAUUUAAAAACAUGCUUAUAUAUAUAUAUAUAUAUUUAUAAAUUUAUAUAUUUAUAUAUACAUACACUAUAUAUAAUC